UUUUUUUUCUCUCGGUUUUCGUGAUAAAAUAGUAGUUUGUCGGGCACUGAAUUAUUUUAUACGCAAAAUGACCACGUAAAUAGCCUACCUUCACCUAUCUUUUUAUAAAAUUUAUUUUACUUUAAAAAUUUUGCGACACAAUUUUUGUUCAAUAAAAUAAAAUGGAAAAGCAAGAAAAACCAGAGAUGAAAAAGCAAAAAGAAUCCGACAGAGAUUUAGAAACUUCUAACAAGGAAGAAAUAAACGAAGAUAGACAUAGACCGUAUUUAAUACAUUCCUCGGCUUAUUCAAUACUGACCGAUCAGAUAUUAAUGCUUAUGCCCUCUGAAAGAAACGUUUUGCUCAGUAUGAAUGCUUACGAACUGCACAAAGUAAAUCCGGCGCAUCCGAGGAACUCCGAAGCUCCCACUCACGUUAUUCUUUUUUGUAUCAGAUUUAUUGCAGACGACGUCUUCCAGCCCAUCGGGGGCCUUCUCACCUACCAGCACGUAGACCAAAGCCGCAUCCUCGCCGAGUGCGUAAAGGCUUACAUCAACGACCUGUGGAAAUUGAAUUUACACGUGAUAGCCACCGUUUCGCCCCCUUUCGAACUGUUCAAAAAUAUCCUCAGCCAUCUUAUCACAAAUAUAGAUAUUAACAAUCACCUAGAUGUGAUCACGUACUCGGUGGAACCGAUAACAGAAAUUAUCCACAUUUACGAUGUACAGUUCUUGAUUAUCAGUUUGCAAGAUCUGCUUCGAGCCGGAGAUGUAUUGUUCAAAACUCACGUGGACAAUACGAGAGGUUUCGUAGCCAGUUGGAGAGACAUGUUUGUAGUGUUGAACGUCGCUCCGGAGUUCAAAAUGCUCUCGGAUUUCUUCCUGUCGAAGGACAACGUGCAGAGAAGGGCGCAUAUAUUUACCGAGCAAAUAUUCGUUAAGUACUUGGAAGUCAAAGAGAGCGGACUUUUAUCGGAAUCCUCUGAAGGGUGUAUCGAACUACUAAACGUCAUCAGAUCCUUCCUGAAAUUCUUCGAAUACGACUUCGUACACCCGCAGGAAUACCUCACGUCCGAUUGGUCGGAUCUACUUGACGUUUUAACGACAAUGACAUUUCAACAGUCACGAGUACUAGUUAAAUCUGGCAACGUUGCGUUGGAGGAACCGAAGAAACCGAAAAGCAAGAAGAAAUCGAGCAGGGAGAAAAUGAAAGCGCCGAAGAAUGAUAUUUUUGCUAAAACCUCGGACGGGUGUGCUUCGCCGUUCGAGGAUUUUUGCGAGGCCUUCAGAAGGACUAAUUGCUCGGGCGCGAGCAACAAGGACUCGAAACAUUCCAAGACUGAGGCUUACGAUGUGAAAGGGGCCCUUCGAGAAAUGAACUGUGAUAUUAAUUUAGUCAAUUAUGGUAAAGAAGGGGCCUCGUCGGAUGAAGAAAAGAAGAGAUUAUUAGAUGUACGAAGCACCUCGAAUGAAGAUAUCCCUACGAAAUGCAAAGCUUACGAUACUAGUAAUAAAGAAAAUAGCGAAAAAAGCGAUAAAGAGAAAAGAAGAAAUGUUGAGGGAUAUGUUAGAAAAAUAGACGAACCUCCUGAUUGUAAUAAUACUAAUAAUUUUAAAGGAAAUUCGAUUACUCAGGAGUUUAUUUGUACUGUGAAAGGUAUUAGACAUUUGAUGUCUUUAAUGGUUGAAAAGGGGGUAGAGCAAAUAAAACCCGACGCUUUGAUUGUUGAACAUAUCGAUUAUUUGGUUACCAAAAUUCAAUCUGCGAUAAAUAAUGUAAAGUCCGUCCAUUAUUAUGGACAUACGUACGAAUUUAUGGAUACUAAUUUAGCUUUUUCGACUUUAAGUAAUACCCAUGGACUUUACCUCGUUUCGAAAGAUUGAUAUAUUUUUUGUAAAGAUUUAUGAAUAGUUUUUUUGGAUAUUAUGAUACGAGAAAUAUGAUACGAAUUAUUUUUUGAAAAGACUGAUUCUAUGAUUAGCAGGUUUGAAUGAUAUUGCGUUUUUGUAAUAAAAAAGUUGAGUAUUUGGAAAUGUAAUAUUUGAAAAAUAAGUAAAAAUUGUAUUUUUGUGGAUAAUAAUGAAUAAUGAGUGUUGCAAAGGCCUGUAUGAACUUUAAAAGUGGAUCAUUUUAUUGGUUUUUCGUGAAUUGUUAUGUGUUGCAGCUUUUCCAUUUGCUUUGGUCUUUAAUUAGCGUAUUGUGCCCGCAAGUAUUUAAAGAAUUUUCCACUUUUAUAGUCGUUUCAAUUUGUUGAAACUAUUAAUGAAAAUAAGAAAGUAUAUCAGGUGUUCCCUGAAGGCUCUUUGUGACAAUGCCUCGUAGAAAGAAGUUAGUCAUUAGACUUAUGUAUGUAUAAAAAAUAUUCCAUUGACUGACGACAUUAUAUUUGUAUUAAUGUAUUUUAUCGCGAAAUGUACAGAGGCAAUACAAUUUAAAUGCAACCAAAGUAUUAGUUUUUCGCUGAUUUACAUAUUUUUAUUUGUUUUAAUUUUUUUACUUUACAGCGAAAUGAAUCUAGACAAAUUUUGGUGCAUAAGACACUGAAAGGCUGUAUUAUUAUACUAGGUAGUGAAAAAUUAGUUUCACAGGACAAUGAGGCAGUAAUAGCCGCGUUCAAAUAUUACGUUUUGAUACUCUGAGUGUAUAUUAUUUCAAUGAUAUUAUGAAGAAAAAGGUUUCACAAUCAUUGAUAUUAUAAUUUGAAACGAAAGUAUAAAUACUGUUGUUGAAAUUGUUGAAUUGGGGCAGGCUGCGAAAUUGUUAAAGUUGAAAAAGCUAAAUUUGUCGUUGUUAUUUAGAUGAAUAUAAAAAAAAGUUGGUUUCAUUACAAAGGAAACAUAUAUUUAAUAUUAAAAUUGAAAACUAUACUUGUUGAACGAUUGUGAAAUUCUUCUUACAUAUAUUAUUUUGUUAAAAAUUUAAAUAAAAUCAUCUUGAA